CGAUGCGGAAGGACGGGGUCGAGAAGGAGAGCAAAUUCUUUUAACGUCGGAUGCCGCCGAGAAAAUGCAGGAUUAUCAGAACUUGCCAAUUGACAUACAGACUAGCAAAUUGCUUGAUUGGCUAGUGGACAGACGGCAUUGCAGCCUGAAAUGGCAGGGUCAGGUCCGCACCGUCCGUGAGAAGAUUGCUGUUGCCAUCCAAGACAUGCCAGAGAAUGAAGAGAUCAAACAGCUUCUUGCUGGUUCCUAUAUUCACUAUUUUCACUGCCUGAGGAUUGUGGAAAUACUUAGGGGGACAGAAGCAUCCACUAAAAACAUAUUUGGUCGUUACUCUUCUCAGCGAAUGAAGGACUGGCAAGAAAUUGUAUCAGUGUAUGAAAAGGACAAUACCUACUUGGUGGAACUUGCAAGCCUUCUGGUGCGAAAUGUGAACUAUGAGAUCCCUUCCCUCAAAAAGCAAAUUAGCAAGUGUCAGCAACUGCAGCAGGAAUACAGUCGCAAAGAGGAGGAAUGUCAAUUGGCGGCCACUGAGAUGAGGGAGCGCUUCUAUACUUCAUGCAAACAGUAUGGAAUUACGGGGGAUAAUGUGCAUCGGGAGCUUCUGGCCUUGGUAAAAGACCUGCCAUCACAGCUAGAUGAGAUUGGGGCUGGUGCCAGUGGGCUUUUGGAAGCGAUUGACCUAUACCAGGCCUGUGUACAGUUUGUAUGUGACAAUUCCACAGAGCAAGUGGUCCCAUUACUGAGACAUGUGCAGGCUCGAGGCAACACAACUAUUUAUGAGUGGAGGCGAGGAGUCAAGCCAACCUCAAUAGAACGGCCAAAGACAGAAGAAGUGAAGGAAGAGGCAGUGGAUGAGAUAGACUGGGGUGACUUCGGAGCAGAGUCAGCAUCUGUCUCUGCAGCAGUUGAUUAUGGCAUCUCGGUUGAAGGAACAAGUGAGGACAUAGACUGGGGGAUUUCUCUGGAGUCAGAAACUCAAGAAGAUAGCACUGCAGGCAUAAACUGGGGAGACCAAACUAAGGAUGCUGGUCAGAUCGUGGUCCUGGAGGCUGGCAGUGAGGCCCCAGAGGGAGUUGCACAAGGACCUGAUGCUUUCACUAUCCUUGAGACUCCAGAAACCCGGAAUCAGUUCAUUGAUGAGCUCAUGGAGCUGGAGAUAUUCCUUUCCCAGCGCAUUGUUGAAACAAGUGAAGAGGCAGACAUCUUAGCUGUGAGUCAGUUCCAACUAGCUCCAGCCAUCCUGCAAGACCAGACCAAAGAGAAAUUGGAAGCCAUGGUGGCAUCUAUCCAGGAUCUCAUUGGACGUCUGACCAGCCUAAGGAUGCAACAUCUUUUUAUGAUCCUUGCUUCCCCAAGAUAUGUGGAUCGUGUGACUGAGCUCCUUCACCAGAAAUUGAAACAGGCUGACCUGCUGCUUUUGAAAAAGGACCUGAUGAUUAAGAAACGGCAGGAAGCACUGGAAGAACAGGCUAGCCUGGAGCCAAAGCUGGAUCUCCUUGUGCAAAAGACCAGAGAUUUACAGAAACUGAUUGAAGCCGACAUCUCUAAACGGUACAGUGGCCGACCUGUGAACCUGAUGGGUGCUUCUCUCUAAUGUCUUCUGCUCAUGUUCAUGUACACUCUGAGAUGCCCUUUGUGGGUCUGGAGAAAGAGAAUGUUAACCACAGCCUCAACCAAAGAAAAAGAAUGUCAAGGAGAAGAACUAAGGAGAAGGGACGCUAACUGGCCAAUUUCCAGGAAUAUGGGACUGCCUCCAUUCUGCAUGAAGUUGUAAGCAUUCACUAAUAGAUCAGUGAUGGUUGAAUAAAGCUGCUGCUUUCAUUCUGUU